GUGCGAUUGCGUGCGUGCGCACGCGCGUGCGCUAAUCCCACUCCGCUGUGGUCAGGUGAUCCGGCGCUCAGCAGCUGUGCAGCCUCGGUAUCGCUCUCCAUCAGACAACGGGAGUCACCGGCGCCGAGCACACUCAACCUCUCGCCCGCACGCAAACGUCAAACCGUUCGGUGAAACGCUGCCUUCAGGAGCGUCCUGUCAGCGAAACGACAUGGGGGACCGAGUAGCUUUACUGCUGCUGGCCGUGGCGGCGUCGGCCCUGGCUGCCGAGGUGCCUACAGACGUUUCCAUGGGUCUGCUGGCGGAGCCGCAGGUGGCCAUGUUUUGCGGCAAACUCAACAUGCACAUCAACGUGCAGAGCGGCAAGUGGGAGCCGGACCCCUCGGGCACCAAGAGCUGCAUCGGCACCAAGGAGGGCAUCCUGCAAUACUGCCAGGAGGUGUACCCAGAGCUCCAGAUUACCAACGUGGUGGAGGCCAACCAGCCAGUCAGCAUCCAGAGCUGGUGCAAGAAGGGACGCAAGCAGUGUCGCAGUCACAUGCACAUUGUGGUGCCCUACCGCUGCCUGGUGGGAGAAUUUGUGAGCGACGCUCUGCUGGUGCCUGACAAGUGCAAGUUCCUGCACCAGGAGCGCAUGAACCAGUGUGAGAGCCACCUGCACUGGCACACUGUAGCUAAGGAGUCCUGCGGCGACCGCGCCAUGAACCUCCAUGACUACGGCAUGCUGCUUCCUUGCGGCAUCGACCGCUUCCGAGGCGUGGAGUUUGUGUGCUGUCCCGCCGAGGCCGAGCGUGACGCCGACAGCGCCGAGCAGGACGCUGAUGAUUCCGAUGUCUGGUGGGGUGGAGCGGAGACUGACUACUCUGACAACAGUAUGGUGCGGGAGCCCGAGCCAGCAGAGCAGCAAGAGGAAACCAGGCCAUCUGUGGUAGAGGAGGACGAGGAAGAGGAGGAGGCACCCGAGGAAGACAACGAGGAAGAGGAGGACGAGGAGGACGUGCUGGACAACGACCAGGACGGAGACGGCGAGGAGGACGAGGAGCCAGUGGAGGAGGAGGAGGAGGAGGAAGAGGAGGAGGAGGGAGACGAUGACGAUGACAUCAUCGACACGCUGGACGACAGCGACGAUGAGCCAACCACCAACAUUGCCAUGACGACCACCACUACCACCACCACCACUGAGUCCGUGGAGGAGGUUGUCAGAGAUGUGUGCUGGGCCAACGCAGAGACCGGUCCGUGCCGGGCCAUGCUGCCCCGCUGGUACUUUGACCGCCAGGAGGGCCGCUGUGCUCAGUUUAUCUACGGCGGCUGCGGAGGCAACAGGAAUAACUUUGAGUCAGAGGAGUACUGCCUGUCUGUCUGCAGCAGCGUCAUACCCACAGCCACACCUAGCUCCCCUGACGCCGUGGACCACUACCUAGAGACGCCCGCUGACGAAAAUGAGCACGCCCACUUCCAGAAGGCCAAAGAGAGCCUGGAGGCCAAGCACCGCGAGAGGAUGUCCCAGGUGAUGCGAGAGUGGGAGGAGGCUGAGAGGGAAGCGAAGAACCUUCCACGGGCUGACAAGAAAGCUGUCAUCCAGCGUUUCCAGGAGAAGGUGGAGGCGCUGGAGCAGGAGGCGGCCAGCGAGCGGCAGCAGCUGGUGGAGACCCACAUGGCACGGGUGGAGGCCCUGCUCAACGACCGCCGCCGCCUGGCUCUGGAGAGCUACCUGACCGCGCUGCAGCAGGACCCACCCAGGCCUCGCCACGUCUUCAGCCUGCUGAAGAAGUACGUGCGUGCCGAGCAGAAGGACAGGCAGCACACCCUCAAACACUUCGAGCACGUCCGCAUGGUGGAUCCCAAGAAGGCCGCGCAGAUCAGACCUCAGGUGUUGACCCACCUGCGCGUCAUCGAGGAGCGUAUGAACCAGUCUCUGGGACUUCUCUACAAGGUGCCUGGCGUGGCCGACGACAUCCAGGACCAAGUUGAGCUCCUACAGAGGGAGCAGGCGGAGAUGGCCCAGCAGCUGGCCAACCUGCAGACGGACGUGAGAAUGAGCUACGGCAACGACGCCCUGAUGCCCGACCAGGAGCUGGGAGACGGCCAGACCGACCUGCUGCCCCAGGAGGACACGCUGGGCCUGGGGGGAGUCGGCUUCGUCCACCCUGAGAGCUUCAACCAGCCCAACACCGAGAACCAAGUUGAACCAGUGGACUCUCGCCCCAGUCUUGACAGAGGCAUUCCCACACGGCCAGUGACUGGAAUGAAGAUGGAAACUAUUCCUGAGCUGCGGAUGGAGACAGAGGACAGACAGAGCACUGAAUAUGAAGUUCACCACCAGAAACUGGUCUUCUUCGCCGAGGAUGUGGGCUCCAACAAGGGCGCCAUUAUCGGCCUGAUGGUCGGAGGUGUCGUCAUAGCAACCGUGAUCGUCAUCACCUUGGUGAUGCUGAGGAAGAAGCAGUACACUUCCAUCCACCACGGAGUCAUCGAGGUGGAUGCUGCGGUCACCCCCGAAGAGCGCCACCUGUCUAAGAUGCAGCAGAACGGCUAUGAGAACCCGACCUACAAGUUCUUUGAGCAGAUGCAGAACUGAGGAGAAUGUCUCACAUUCACACACACAUAAACACACACAAACAUCUCCUCCCCCACACAUCAAGCACCUCCUCUCCUCUCCCUCCUCCUCCUCCUCCUCCUCCUCCUCCUCCUCCUCCCAGACUAGUCCCACGUCUCCAGAAGGCAGUGUGGCUUAGAUGAUUUGCGUGACUGAAAUAGUCACAAGCGCACAGAGCGACUGUAGCCAGGGUUUUUAUGCCUGGGCCGAGCCAGUUUGCACCAAGUUUUGUUCACUUUAUCGGAGCAGGACGCCUUUUAAUCAAAGAAAGGUGUUUUUAUAUGUUUGCUCCAUCUGGGCCUGCUGAUGUACGGAAAGGAAGGCCCCGCCCAGCGCAUUAAAACAAAACCCACUCUCUGGGGGAAGAAGCGUGCUCUCUCCACACUGAUUCAGGGCCAGUGUAUACUUGGGUUUUUUUGGCUUGGGAUGGUUUGAAGGUGUGGACUUGUGCAGGCAAAUCUGACCACUGAUCAGUAGGAUUUUUUGGCACACGCUCAUCUGGGCCUCAUUUACAAAAACUGGAAGCUUCAGAAUCAUCUCAAACCAUUUGGUUCAUCAUAUUCGUUGUAGUAAUGAUAGAAUGAAUUAAACCAAACAGCAUGGUUUUUAUAAAUGAAGCCCAGCGUUUUCCCCACAAGAUGCACCACUACUGCACUCACUCUACAGUCUACACUGGAGUAUAAGUGAGCCUCCCCUCCCUCCCCCUCCUCCCCCUCCUCCAUCCCUCCCUGCAUCCUCUUUUCUUUACGCAUUCUUACGACAGCUGGGCUGUGCUAAGUCACACAAGGCUCAAGGAUAUCUGGAGACGCUGAUGAUAAACGAAUAUGUUGACGACGACAGUAGUAAUUAUGUAUUCUGAAUGAGCUGUUUUUUAAUUUUUUUUUUCUCUUUCGUUUCCAGUUUUGUUUUUCAAAAAAGAGUGAAAAUGGAGAAAAAAAAUCAAAAAGAAGAAGUCAAAAACCGAUGUAAAGUCCUUUUUUUAAAUUGCGUGUAAUGUUACUGAAGUAAUGCUGAAGUCUUUAGCUGUUCCUAUGUAGUGCAUGACAACGAUGACAACAACAAGGAUUUGGGAAAAAACAGAAGAAAAAAAAAAACCAAGAUCUUAUCGCUGCUCUCUCUCUCUCUCUUGAGAUCCUUUCUCACGUAUAGAUUGUCAUUCUAGCAAGAUUGUACAUUUAGUAUCUUCUCGUGAUCACGUGACUUCAAACAAUGAUGAAAAAUAUAUAUAAAAUCUAGAUGAACGGGCUCUGCUUUGAUAUCAUGUAAAAUACACAUUUAAAAAAACAAGGUCUGUGAUUUUUGGAAAUUAAGUGUGUUCCUCAUUUCUUGUAUUAUUAUUAUUUUUUUUAAACCAUGCUACGUUCCUGAAGCUAACAGGAGGGGGGCUGGCUUCAUCUCUGUUUGUAUAUUAUUCACUGAGAUAUAUUGUGUUAAGAAUCACCCCCUUUCAUUUUCGCUUCUUUGUUUAAUCCAUGUCACUGUGGGGUUUUUUUUCUCUUUUUUUUUUAAAGGGCAUGUUGUGGGCGUGAAGGUUAAAGGGAGCGGGAAGGGAACGUGAAAAAUAGGAGGAAUCCGGGAAUGGGGGGGGGGGGGGGGGGGGGGGGGGGGGGGUCAGGAUUAUCUCUGCCUGUAUGUGUUUUGUCAUUUUCAGUCUGGUGUUUCGUCCAGUUGUAAGCCGACGCUGUCUAUUUUUUGUAAUCAUUUUGCUGUCUGCUGAUAGAACAGGUGGAGCACUGGGAGGAGGAGGAGGAGGAAGGAGGGUGGCGAGGUAGAGAGGAAAUGACUUGCAGUUCCGGAUGGAUAGUCAGCUAGGCAGGCAGUCUGUAUAUAUAAUGGAUUUUCACUCCCCCCCCAACAACACCUCCCUUACUUCUCCAUCCUUUGCCUUCACUUCCCCUCAGGCAUGCUGCUCACCUCUCUGCCAUCAAUGCACACUUGACUCCUCAGAGGCAGAGCACUGUAGUCUGUAUAUAGAUGAUGGGCGCUCACCACCGUGGGAGAGCUUGAGAGGCAGGCGGGGACGUGAAAGCAGGGGUCAAACAUUCGUCCGAGGCAAAACGUUGAGAAUCCCCCCGUUCAUCUUCACACUGUCAGCUCAUGGUAAAGUUUUGUCAUCGAAAGAAAAGCAGUGUGACCCCUCACUCUGUCAUUAGAGCUAAUGGCGAGUAAAAUCUUUGAGGGAACGGUGAGUGAAAUGUACAUAAGGAGGCUGCAGUGGGGUGGGUCCUUGGUUUUCAGAGGGUGCUCAUUAGAAGCCCAACAGAGGGCAGUAGAGUAGAAGAGGAAGCAGGAUUUUCUUUCUAUCUUUUUCUGUGGAUUAUAUAUUGGUUUUGUUUUCCACUGUGUAAUAUUGUGCAGGCCAUUUGCAUUGACUGGGAAAACGCUUUCUACACUGUAUUCCAUAAUAAAGUUUUGAAUGUACAUACAGA